AUGGUGAAGAGAUCAAGAAAACAAAGUAAGUUGUUAUCUGGCUGUGCUAAAAGACCUGGAAUAUCAGUAGUGCAGAAAAGCGAAAAACGAAUACCUAAAACUUUAAAGCCACUCCGUGCAAGACAGCUGAUUCGUCGAUUUCAUGUCUUAAUAAAAUAUAGGAACUCAAUUUUAAAUAAACUUCAGAUAUUGGUCAAAGCAGAUGAUACAAACUUUGAAGAAACGUACAAGUGUUACAUCAUAUCAAAUAAAGAUCUUAAAAAGGUAUACAAAGAAGAGUGGGAGAAAAGAUGGAAAGAGUUAAAAAUCAAUAAAACUCCAGAAUCCGUCAUUGAUCCACGGACAAACGAUCACAUUAAAGGUAACGAAACAAAGGAAGAUUUAGUGAAAGUGUUGGGACGUAUAGAUUCAGAAAUUGAGAAAAGAGGUGGGUUAGAAACAUAUCAAAUUGCUAGUACACUUGGGCAAGAUGGAAAACGCGGAGGCGAUUCUAGUAAAAUGCUAGUCAAAUGGCUAAAAGAGCUUCAAUGGAAACCUUCUAAGGGGACUGCCCUAGAAAUUGGAUGCUUGUCAUCAACGAAUGAAAUUUCCAAAUCCAAGAUAUUCGAUAGAAUUACUCGAAUUGAUUUGCAUAGCCAGGAACCUGGGUUAAUAGAGGAACAGGAUUUCCUAGAGAGGCCCCGUCCUGAGAAUGAAAGCGAAAAAUUCGAUUGCAUUAGCUGUUCCCUAGUGGUGAAUUUCGUUCCUAAUCCAGAACAACGUGGAGAAAUGCUAUGCCGCAUAUGUGAAUUUCUGAAUGAACCGGAUAAAUUAAAUAACCGCAGUCUAUUGUUUUUCGUGAUUCCACUACCGUGUGUUGAAAAUUCAAGGUACUUUGAUGUAAGCUUGAUGAAUUUGGUUUUCGAGAAGCUUGGUUUUGAACAGGUGAAAUACCACAAAACUCAUAAGUUAGCAUACUGGCUGUUAUCAUGGAAAGGAUCCAGUCAUGUGGAUUUGAAAUUCACUUUGAAAAAGAAGGAAAUUUUGAGUGGAGGUAAUAGAAACAACUUUUGCAUUGUAAUUAAAUAA